UGCCCUGCGCCGCUCGCUUUUGGGACUGCAAUGAUUUAGAAGUUCAGGAAUCCCACGUGACGUCACCGAAGGGUGAUGUAAUGCUUCUCUAAAUAGAAUGUAUUGUAAUCUUCUCUCAGUCCAACGUGGUUCCUCACAGACCCGCUUCUUCAAUUAGACUUUCGCUAAGUUAUUGGAAAAUUAGUGAAAGGCGCAAGGACGACAACCUCUCAGAUUGACAUUUAUGGUGCCAAUAAUUCAAGUGCAUGACUGGAUAUUAAAGGGAAGGAAAUAAAUUAUAUGGAGACCCAUAACACUGGUGAACAGCAUACAUGAACAGCCCUGGAUAAAGAGAAGAUCUUAUUGGAGAAUUUUGUUUGUCUGCUUUCUGCUCCAUUGGAAUAAAAGCGUACUUGCAUGGAUUUGAUUAAUUCAAAGACAGUUAUGAAUUUGGAGCAAGACCGGCCAUUCGUUUGCAAUGCUCCUGGCUGUGCUCAGAGGUUUCCAACGGAGGACCACCUCAUGAUUCAUAGCCAUAAACAUGAAAUGACUUUGAAGUUCCCAGCAAUAAAAACAGACAACAUUUUAUCAGAUCAGACGCCAACACCCACUCGCUUUCUGAAGAACUGCGAAGAAGUUGGGCUCUUUAGUGAACUUGCGUGUUCUUUGGAGCAGGAAUUUCGGAAAGCACAGGAAGAGGAAGACAAUAAAAGGGCUGCGGCGGGGUUGAAUAUUUCUAGUCUGGCUGAGGUAACGAGCAAAGAGGCAUCAAUUACUGACAGCACGGCUCAAAUAUCUACUCUGUCCCGGAUUGUAUCUGCAACUCGACCUGAGAAGGAUAUAUCAGUGCAUGGGUCAGUACAAGGGGUAAUAUCCGGUCAAGUAGCGCACCAGCUUACGCCCACUAGGAUGCAAAACCACGACAACGGGAUUGCAAACCAGCAGGCCAUGCCUUCACCAACUUCCAAUUCCGUCAUCACACAAGCACCUUCUACCAACAGGCAAAUAGGGCCUGUGCCAGGAUCUCUAUCUUCACUACUCCACCUUCAGAACAGACAAAGGCAGCCCAUGCCAGGGUCGAUGCCUGGCAAUCUCCCCAAUUCCACCAUGCCAGGGUCUUCUGCAGUGCUGAUGCCUAUGGACAGGCAGUUAUCAAUGAGUUCUAAUAUCAUGGGGAUACCUGGACCCCCUCAAGUUCACCAAAUGCACUCAGAAGCCAAAAUGAUCCAAAGCAGAGCUUUCACUUACGUAGAUGAUAGACUUAAGGCAGUGCUGAGUCAGCACCCGAGCGCUCUGUCCAACGGAGGCAUGAAUAUGAUGGGACAAGUGAUGGAAAUGAUGACGUCCAGGCAGGAGCCGGCGCCACAGCCACACCACGCCAUGCACUCGCAUGCACACCAGGCUCCGCCACAGCACGCCUUCACGCAUCAGCACCAGCCACACCACCAGCAGCAUCACCCGCACCACCACCAGCAAGGCCACACCCACUCCCACCCAAACUUACACGCACACAACCCGCCGCAUCACAAUCCUCCGCUUCAGCCUCUGCCCACGGGAGCGCAAAAUCAGGUCUCACCUGGAGCACAACAGAUACAAUCUCCUCAAUCAGGACACCCAGCACCAAGCAGUGGGGGCCGAAGAAGAAGAGUUGUUGAUGAAGACCCUGACGAAAGACGGAGGAAAUUUCUUGAAAGGAAUCGCGCUGCUGCAACUCGCUGCAGGCAGAAGAGGAAAGUGUGGGUGCUCUCACUGGAAAAGAAAGCAGAGGAACUCACGCAAACAAACAUGCAACUUCAGAACGAGGUCUCCCUCUUGAAGAACGAGGUGGCUCAGCUGAAGCAACUAUUACUGACACAUAAAGACUGUCCAGUCACAAUGCAGAAGGAGUCACAAGGAUACUUGAGUCCUGAGAACAGUCCACCCAGAAGCCCCAUCCCUGCUUGUUCUCAACAGCAAGUUAUCCAGCACAAUUCAAUUAGCACUUCGACUGCUGUCAGUGAUGUUGUAGGCAGCUCCACACUCACCCAGCUCGGGAGUCAGAGAACAGAUCGGAAUCCUAUCCUCUAAAUACUGCCUUAUGUCGGAGGUGCGGCGGCAGGAGACCGAAAAAUUGACACUCCAUUCAGGACUUUGGAAAGAUCAACAUAAUCCAGGAAUUAAAUACACUUUAGAGGAAAAAAAGACUCUCGCUAUUCAUUUUAAUAGUUAUCAAAAUGCUAAUUUUUUUUACUUUAGUAAUGAAAAAAGGGAAAUAUGCAAUUAAAAAUGCUGAUAGCUUGGGAAUGCUUUAAUGCUUUCUCAUAACUUGCUGGUACCAAUUUGAAGAUUCUACUAAGAAUUUUUGAACUUUUUGAAUUUUAUUACUGUGUAUAUAGUCUCUCUACUUAUUAUCAGUGGCAAGUUCUAGGUAUCUAACCAACCUGCCAAUUAACAACUGGAUUAAGGUAUCUAACAAUGUCAUUACUGAACGGAAGCCUCCAGUCUAUGCUAUGGAUACAGCCCAUAAUGUAGUCUCUAAAAAAUAAUGUUCAUUUGCACUGAAAAUCAAAUUUUAUGAAUUGAGAUUGAGUCACUAAUUGAGUAAGAAUAUAUGGAAAAUGCAUUUCAAUAUUAGAAACAUUAUAUCACUUAGUCUUCCCUACUUGGCAAUAUGAUCAAUUGAAUACGAAUUGUAAUUUUUUUUAUCUGCACAUGUUAUGAAUCCGUUUUGCAUUCACCAUUUUCUCCAUUUGGUUAUUUUGCUACAUACUUCAACAUCAGCUCUUAAGAUUUACAGGAAGGACAGAGAAGCUUCCCACUACUGUAUGCAGUUACAUCCUAUCGGCAAUGCAAUUAUAGUGGCUGUCAAUCAUGCAAGGUGCAAUAGUCCCACACACAAGAUACUGGAGGAACUCAGCAUCUAUGGAAAUGAAUAGGCACUCAAUGUUUCAGGCCAUGACCUUUCUUCUGUUUAUUCAUUUGUCUGACAUGUUGAGUUCCUCUAGUAUUUUGUGUGUGUUGCUCUGGAUCUCCAGCAGCUACAGAAUCUCUCGUGUGUAGCAGUUCUGUUCCAUUUGUGUAAAAAAUUCUCAUUUAAGUAUGGCUUUAACUAACACUGAUCAAACGAAGGGGAAAUGUAGCCAUGGUCACAAAGCAUUCUUGAUGUUCUUGUAAACUUGAGAACAAUACAUGAAGUCAUUUGGUUAUAAUCCACAUUAGGAUGCAAAGAUCCCAAAAUCUUUCUAAAGCAGAGUUUCCCAACCGAGGGUCCAUAGACCCUCAGUUAAUGGUCAAGGUCCAUGGCAUAAAAAAGUUACGGAACCCCUGCUCUAAAGGAUCAAAUGGGAAGAGUAGUAAUGUUUUCAAACCAAAACAUUACAAACUGGACUAAAGGAUGACACUUAUUUUUUAAGUUUUGAGCAUUCUACCAAAUUCAGUAUAAAAAACUAUAUAAUAGAAGUGAAUGAUCUGUACAGUUUUGACUCCAUGUUUAAUUAUGAUCAAAGGCCAAUAGAAUGCUCCUAGACUACUGACUUUACAUUUGCCUUAAAACCUAUUAUUAUUAUUGAGGCCAUUCCCAUCUUUUGACUGACAUAAUUCCCAAUGCCUAGACUCAAGCAUGCAGUUAAUAUAAAGACUAAUUUGGAUACUGUUCAAAGUGUAGACUAAUUGUACCUUGUCAGAUGUGCAGGAAGGUGCACCUGUGAAAUGAUUGCCUUGACAAGGAGCUAUACUUGGGAAGAAUACUGCUGAGGAAAUUGAAAGCCUACAGCACCAGAACACAGUCCAAUCAUUUCCUAAAUUGCACCUCUUGCAGAUGCCAUAAGCUGGGGCUCUCCAGCCAUGAAGUUCUGGGAGAGGGCAGGUGAAGUUGAACAGUAGGGAAUGGAAUUGUGUUGCCCAAAUUUCGCAGUCAGAGAAUUUCAGAACUUAGAACAUUUCAGCACAGUACAGGCCCUUUGGCCCAUGAUGUUGCACAGACCUUUUAACCUACUUUAAGAUCAAUCUAACCCUUCCCUCUUCCGUAACCCUGCAUUUUCAAUCAUCCAUGUGCCUAUCUGAGAGUUUCUUAAAUGCCCCUAAAGUAUCUGCCUCUACCACCACCCCUGGCAGAUGUACCACACACCCACCGUUAAAAUCAUUCCUGGAUAUUAACUAACCUAACUAUUUGAAUGCUGACCAAUUAAAUACUAAAUUCACUAUUACCCUAAUUAGCAGUGUGAAAAUUGACAGGCUGAGGGAAGGAGGCCAGUUUUGGUUAACUGUUCACCUCCUGUACUCACACAAGGAGGAGAUACUUAAUUUGCCCCAUGGAAUUGGGGCAAAUUAAUAGAAUGUACCUUUCCUCUUUGAAGGGAAUGCUGAGUCCAACAUAUACACAUGAAAUUUAUGGUUUUCUCACUUGUCCAAAAAAUCUGCCAAGACAGUUAAUCCUUUUCCAUGUCAUUUCUAAAGUUCUGGCUAAUUACAAUCAAGUUGCGAAAUCUCCUUUUUUUUCAAAUAAAUAUUUGAGUAUAAAUUUAACAUUAACCAGAGACUGGAGUAAAAUGUCCACGUUUUGACACAGGAAUUGGCAAUGCAAUGCUGAAGACUUGCAUCAGCCCUCAAUGCAAAUUCCCAGCCAUUUCCUAUGGGGGGGAUAAAAGCUCCACACAUGCACAGAACUGGUCAUUUAAUACCAUCUGUCACAUGGAGUGAAUCAAGCUCAACCUAACAGCAAACCCUUUGGGACUGGAAUCGGCAGAAGUGUUCCCAAGCCAGACAUAAUGCAACCUUUAGGAGUAAGGGUGAAGAUUAUCAUGAAAAUGUUUGAAGCACUAAAGCACUGGAAAGCACAUUUGAUCAGAUUUAUUUAAAAAAGAAAAUAAAUUUUGCAAAGAAACUGUAAAUCAGUGCUUCUAGUUAGAGACCAGGCUCUCCUUAAUUACUGAAAAUUAAAUUUCUUACCGUUGGAGAAGUAGUAUUUUAAAAUUAUCACAACUAAUAAUCACACUCAAGUGAAAUACGUGCCCACUGUAUAUGUGCUGACAAUAUCACAUAGUUGAAUAAUAUAUUUACCAGUUGACAAAAAGUAAUCCAACCUCCAUAUCCCAGAGCUGAACUAACUCAGGUUUCACAUUAAAUAAAGGAUAAAAUACAGAAUCAAACAAUAGUAACUAAUGCAUGAGAGUUUAAUGUAGCUGAUGUCUCAGUAUUACACCCUUCAAGACGUAAAAUGCCCUCUGACAUUUCCCAGAGUUGAAAUGUCUAAUACUAGAAGGCAUGAUUUUAAGGCGGGGGGGGGGGGGGGUAACUUCAAAGGAGAUAUGAGGUGCAAAUUUUAUUUACACUGAGUGGUGGGUGAAUAGAAUAUGUUGCCUGGAGUGAUGGUAGAGACAGAUACAUAAGAGACUUUUAAGAGACAUGUAGAUGGGCACAUGAAUGUGAGGGAAAUAGAAGUAUACGGACACUCUAUUUUAAACAGAGAGGAUUAGUUAGGUUGUCUAUUUGAUACUAAUUUAAUUGGAUUGUGGGCCCAAGGGUCUAUUCUUGUGUUGUUCUGAUGAACUGAUUUAAAUUCCCUGUGUAUAAACUGCAUUUUCCCCAAAGUAGAAAGAGAGAUUCACAGCAUUUAACACCAGACUAUUUGAGGUAUCUUUAUAAGGGAGUGUCAAAUAUCUAUAUAAAGGGUUUCAAAAGAAAUGUGUCCUUUUAUGGCCCAGGAGAGGAUGUUUUGCGAUAUUCAUGCAAACCUGAAACUAAAAAGUUGCCCUACUCUCCCCCACCCCAAGCAAACUGUUAUUUGGUAAGAGCAGAGGUAAUUUGUCCUGUCAACUCUUUCCUCUGCACAAUACUGAGAAUCAAAUCUGGCAAAAACUGUUUGCAGCUCUGAUGUCGGAGGCAGUGCUACAGCAUCCAUGGCCACCAAAGAUUACAGAGCUUGUACACUCUGUAAAACCUAAUUACUCAAGAGGGCCUUAAAAAUGGGUUACACCUAUAAUUUACAUAUUUUAAACUGGCGUUAUGCACAGUUUUAGGUGUCUACCCUGGAUGUCUUAAGGAGUAAAUUUGGAUAAAUUUCUUGGAAUAACUUGGUAUGGAUCGUACCUGUUUUAAAAUGGCCCCAAAACAUUUGUGAAUAGAAAGGCACAGGUAUUAGCAUGAUGUCAAUCUUAAGUAUUUUUGGUCAAUGCUCAGAGUUUUCAUGGUUCAAUCAACUGGCAGUUAGAGUGCUCAUCUUCUAAUGUACAUUUUCAGCAAAUAGCACUUUAGAAAUCUUUGCUAAACACAGUUCAACAUAGCAGACAGGGUCAGUGAACAUAAUUGCAAAUCCUUUAAGUCAGCCACCUCUUAAGUAAUGCAAUGAAACAUCUGAUCAAUGCUACAGAGCAAAUGUUCGCUCUGAAUAAAAAAAAUGUUCUAAACAGAAUUGAGUUUAUUAUCACUGACACGUUAUGAAAUCUGAUGUUCUGUGGCUGCAGUACGGAGCGAGAGAAAAAAAUACUGUAAGUUACAAAAAAAGAGCAAAAGACUUUAAUUGUGAAAUAUAAGAGGUUAAGGACAUGCACUGAUAAUAUUAAGCAUCCUCCAAUACAGGGGUUUCCAACCAUUUUUAUGCCAUGGACUCAUACCAUUAACCAAGAGGUCCGUGGACCCCAGGGUGGGAAGCCAUGCUCUAAUGUAAUUGUAAAAAAUCUCUCGUUGAUCAAAACACAACAAACAUCACAAAAUCAUGUUCAGUAGAAACCUACAGUAUUGUAUAAAUGUCUCCACUGAAUGUGACUUUGACUAUUGAAUUGCUUUCAAUAUUGGUAACAUCUUCUCCUCUGUAAAUAUCAAAGCUGCAUUAAUUAGAUUUCACCAAAAUACAUUUGUUCUUUGAAUCAUAUUAUCUUCAAAUGUGGAAAUGUUAUUCAGGAUAGAGAUUGGAAUAUAACAGAAUUUUCUUGCUUUUACUAAGACUGCCUGAAGGGUAGGUAUUCCAGUUAUAAAAACCUUACCAGUGUAAAACAGAAAGGAUUCAAAGUGAAACUGUGUGAUGAACAGCACUUUACAGAGAUGAACUUUUUUUUCCAACUUUUUUUUUCUAUUAUUUCUUCUAAAAAUUAAGCAUGUGUAACAAAAAAACACAAGAGAUUCUGCAGAUGCUGUAAAUUCAGAGCAACAUGCACAAAACACUGGAGGAGCUGAGCAGGUGAGGCAGCAUCUACGGAAAUGAAUAAACAGUCACUUUUUCAGGCCCAGCCUCAACUUUUUAUUCAUAACCAUAGAUGCUGCCUCACCUGCUGAGAUCCUCCCAUAUUUAGUGUGUGUAGAAUGUGUAAUAAUUUGUCUGAUGCCCUCUUCAGUCCAGAUUUGCUGUGUUCUAAAUGUUAUAUGUGACAUUUGUUCUGAACCUGUAACUGGUUUAAAUCUAAGGGGGGGAGGGGAAGAGGUGUUUAAUGUUAUUCAAUGAAUCCUUUUAGGCAUUAAGCUGAGAGAAGGAUCAUUCUAACAUGCAUUGUAUUUCUGCACUUUGUAUUCUGCUUUUGCUCUGUAAGAUUUAUGAUCUUGUUAUUUUCAUGAGUAGGGAUGAAUGGUGAGCCCAUAAUUUAGAUUUGUCCUUUCAAAUUUUGGGGCGCCACGGUAGAGUUGAGGUCAGCACGACACUAUUACAGAUCGAGAUGUCUGAGUUUGGAGUUCAAUUCUGACGCCAUCUGUAAGGAAUUUGUACGUCCUCCCUGCGACUGUGUGGGUUUUCUCCGGGUGCUCCAGAUUCCUCCCACAGUCCAAAGACGUACCAAAGAGUAGGUUAAUUGGUCAUUGUAAAUCGUCCUGUGAUCAGGCAAGGGUUUAAAUCAGUGGGUGGCUGGGUAAUGCAGCUCAUUGGGCUGGAAGGGCAAAAAAAAAAGAUUCUCUGAUUGACAUUUCACUGUGCUGACAACCCACCUGAUGCUGGUUGCACUCAAAUACUCAUAUAGCUUGCACAGCAGUCAGAUAAACGAGUCUGUCUAAUGCAAAUCCCCGUUACAGAAACAUUGUUUACAUUAAUGAUUCCCAUUUAAUUCCUGUUCCAUCUAUCUUUUAGUCUGUUAUUGCAACAACACAAAUUAAUCCUGACACAUCACUUCAUGCAUAAAUGCCCAAUGCAGAGGGCCACGAGACUUUUUAUUUCCCCCUUGAAAUUAUGUUUAUACAUUUAGAAGAUUGAACCAAAAAUUGGAGGGAAUUUGUGCACUUUUGUUGCUGGCAAAUACUUUGAAGGCUACAUUUCUAAAAUGAAGCAUGGCCACAUACUUUAAAUUUGGAAGGUAUGGACAAACAUGUGUAUUCAGAUAGCAGCACCAGAAACAAAAUUUAAUCCAGUGAUGCAAGGGAUUACUUUAGUUAUAAAUUUGAUUUGGUAGCAAUGUAGAGCAGCAGUGAAUAAAUCCAUUACUUAGCUAUCUGAAUUUAAAUAUACUGCAAAACCACAAAAACCACAUUCUGCUUUAUAGAUCAGCUAUUGGCUAACAUGAAAUGAUUCCCUACAGAUUUAUAUUCCAAAUCAUUCUAUAUAAAUCUCAAAACCUUACAUCUGGGCUUUGAUUAAUGUCCAGUGGAAAGGUUAUGUCCCAAAUAUCAAUUCAGACUUCUAUCUCUGAUUUGUUGGGAGUCUUAGCAUCUUUAUUUCUGAUGAGUGAACUCAAUGCUAGUUUUAGUAAUAAUAUUCAGUUUAUGAAAAAUAAGCCAUGGACUUUGAAUUUUGGACUGUGUCAUUCACUAUUGAGGACCAAAUAAAUAUUACUCAUGGUAGUCAGAUUUUAGUUAGAUAUUGCUUAUAAAAGGUGCUGAGUUUCUAAAGUGGUCAACAUUCCAGGGAAAAUCUAAUGAAAUGUUUUUGCUUUUUUAACUGAUACUUAUCAGAGAACUAUCACAUGAUAUCUUGUUAACUUUUUGAGAGAAGGAAUGUCCAUUGUGUUUUCAAAAGAAUUUGGAUCAAUGAUAAACAGAUCGGUUUUCAUUCCAAACCUGAUUUUACACCAAGUGUGAUGUUGGAAAAGCAAAUGACAUAGUUUUCCGGUUUCUACAUUCUCAGAUGGAAACUUAACAGGUUCUUUUAUUUUGGAAGCUAGCACUAUGAAAGCAAUUACGUUUGAUAAAUAUUUUUGAAUUAAAAAGGGUAUUUUUUUGUGUUGAACAAUCAUAAUCGGCUUUCCAUAAUGCUUCCUUGGAAUGGUUAUUACUAGAAAGCUUGACAAAAAUGUAUCAAUUUCUAGAGGUGGAUGUAUUUUAUUUGCCUAUGAAAAAUUAGAAAUGUUAUUAGAGGCAUGUGGGCACUUUAGGAAACAUAGACGUUUCACCAAACAGUUCAUGUGCCAGGAGACUUUCCUGAAGCAUACCUACAAAUCCUUCUGUGUUGCCUUAAAGAGAGUCUGAUAAUGAUCACCUCUGUUGAAAUGACAGAUUUUGAUGCCUGAUCAUAAUGGUUAUUACUAGAAAGUUUGACAAAAUGUAUCAUAAUCUUUUUUUUCUUGUUUUAUUGGCUUUUAAAAAGCAUUAUCAGAGGUGGACCAGCCUAUGUUUCCAACUUUGCUAUGUGGUGAAAUUCACUAAAAUCCAUUUUCUCUCAGUUCUGUUGAUACACCUGAACACACUAAGAGUCACAGUGGUAACUGUGCCCUCCUGUUUCCCAUCCAUGUCUGCUAUAAUGGCUAAUCUCUCUAAUUUAGAUAAUUUAGAUCGUGUGAGGCCGAGGCCAUUUCCACUUUUUAGAAAAUCUCCCAUUAUUUUUAUUCGAACACUCCAACAAACAUCAUCACCACAGACAGCCUGUCCAUGCCAGCAAACUACAUCCUCUCUUUAUACGGUUUUGGUACUCAUUCAUAUCAUGGUGUGGACAGCUUUCAUCCUUUAUUCUUCCGGAGAUUUUGUUCACCACUUUCCUUGGUACAAGGAGUAAAUAUUUGGUACAUACUUGUAAAUACUUGUUUUUCAGCACUUAUGGUUUUUUUCUUUGUAUUGUAUUUUAAGCUUAUGCCUCAUGAGAAUAUUCAUUGUUGCAAGUGAAUAAUUAUAUUAAAUCUGUUGAACUAUU